AUGCAAAUGUCUAUUGCUACCUCUUCCUUUCUUGGCUUCUUGGGCUCCUCAACCUUUGCUACACCAUUCAACGAUCUUGUAGAGGCCAGGAGCACCGACAUCGAGGCUAGGCAGAGCUGUCAAGUUUACAUCUGCGAAGUUGGUGCUUGUUUGAGUAGUUGCAAUGCAGAGGCACCACCGCUUUCCCCUUUCCCCUAUACUAUCGUAGCGAAUGUCAAUUGCUGGGAAUCUGCAAAGGACGAGACAGUUUUGUUGGGGAAUCGCUUAGGAUCCAACGUCCAGGCCGAGGAGAAGAAGUGGGAUCAAUCAUGUUUGGGUUUCUUUUGA